UUGCAAUUUUCGCAGCGACACCACAGCUGCGGAUGGCCUAGUUCAUUUUGUGUCAACAUUGUCGCUCGUACCUCUAGCUCUACCGAAACCCUGAUACUUUACCUACACCUUUGAAUUACGGUAGUAGAGACACCGAAGAGUGCUGGAGGUUUUACCUUACUAUCUCAGAACCCCAACUCCACCGUAGACCUCAAGGCAUCACGCCCAAUAUGAGAAUGGAAACGGCACCACCUCCUCCAUCGGAGGUUCGCAAGAAGUAGGUCUACUUAUUGCGGCUUGCUUUCUGAUCCGGAAGGGUGAGCUUUUGAUGAUUAGCGGGGGCCACAAGGUGGUCUGCUAGCUAGGCUCGUAGUGAAUUAAUUCUAAAAAUAGUCGUACAUCAUCAAGAAAAAGAACAGUGCAGAGUUUCAGACGACACGCGAUACUUAAAGCGUCGAAACGUCACCAUGGGCGGCAACAAUGCGGCCACUCUGGUCUCGAACCGCGGUGUCGUUCUGGCCGGUAACAACACCAGUAGCUACAACGGCACCAAGUCCGUGCAGCUGAAGCGACCCCGCUCUCCUUCGCCGAUGGAGAUCCGCACGAACUUCGAGAACAGAAAGGAGUUCAAGAGUGAGAGGAACAACAAUAGUACCAACGCCGCGAUGUUGCAGCGAGGUAUUAAUAAUAACUCUCAUUCAGGCGGCGCAAACUUUUCCUCUACCAGCAACGGGCACCAGCAUCCAGCGGCUGCGAGCGCGAACAAUGCGGCGCUGAACAGCAAAAAUAAAAAUGGGGCGGGCACUAGUACUUUUUACAACGAAAGGACUUCCAACGGGUCGCCGACGACCUCAGACUCGCCCGACGGGCAAGAAGACAGCUACAACCACCAACAUUCUGGCGGCGGUUAUCUCAGAAAAUAAUCCUGUGUUAGUCUAGGUGUCUUGGGGUGACAGCAUGAUAAAUUAAUUAUCUGCUCUGGUGCAUGACAGGGAAAUAAGCCUGUCUCUCGCACCUAUUUUUACGUGAAAACAUCACAUAUGAAAUUAAUAGGACCACUUCAUGGCUGGCUAGCACGACAAGUGUAACUACUGUGUUGCAUGCUUUGCAUCUUGACAGACCUACACUUACACAGAAGUUUUCUUCUUGCAUAGUGGUGUAACUACAACCAUAUUAAGAGGAAAAAUCCCCCCUCCCCAUAUCGAAAAGGUAUGUUUCCGGAAAUUUGUGUUGCUGAUUUGCGACCUCAAAUCACGUCUGUCUUGCAAGAAGGCAACUCCACAAGCUCCGCAGCAUUGUGCAGGCGGUUUGUGAUGCUGAUGGGCCUACAGCACGGACGUUUCUCAUGCUACACGCCUAGGUCAGAGCCUCUCUACUUAGGCUUAGCAUGGGGCUGCAUUCCUCUCCAGCAAGACAAAUCUUAUUUGUGUACGCAAAUCCUGCAUCAGAAACUUCGUUUUGAUAUGGGGAGGGGGGAUUUUUCCUUUUGAUAAACCAGCGCGGGUGGACAUCACCAGGAAAACGUGGACGACGCGCUCGUGGCCCGGUAUCAAAGUGAAAAAAGUCCCCUCCCCAUAUCACAACGAAGUUUUCAUGCUGGAUUUCCGUACACAAAUUAGAUCUGUCUUGCGGUGGAGGACCGCAGGCGGAUGCCAAGUAUGACUCGAUAGGCUUUGACCUAGGCGCCCAGCAUGACAGAAGUCUGCUCUGUAGGCCUCACAGCAUUACAAAUCGCCUGUACAAUGCGGCGGACUCUCUGUAUUUGCCUUCUUGCAAGACAAAUCGGAUCUGUGGCCACAAGUCUGCAGCACAGAUUUUCAAAAAGAUGCCUUUUCAAUAUGGGGAGGGGUGAUUUUUCCUCACAAUACCCGGCUUCCGCCGGUGACGGAGGAGGAGCGGAAGGCGCGGGACGAUCUGGCGGAGGUUAUUAAAAAGCAGGAGCAACUGAAGAAACAGUUGAAAAAACUCGAUUCGGACGAGCAGUUUUUGCAGAAGAAGGUCGCGGACUUCGAAAAAAAGCGGGAAGAGAUGUUUCAGCGGGAACUGAAGCGGGUGGCGGAGUACAAGCAGAAAUUGUACGAGAGGAAGCGGCACCAGGACCGCAAGGCCCGGGGGACGCUGGCGGUGUUCGACCGCGUGAACGAAAUGGAGGACGUGAACACGAAAUUUUUCCGUCAGGACUGCACGCACGUCGCCAUGCAGAACACGGGGGCGGUCUUCGUGUACGAAAACGGGUCAAAAUUGAACUUCACGAGCGGUUUGUCAGAAAUGCUGAAGAAGAAACUCGCGCCCUACGCGUCCAAUGCGACCACUCCCGCGGCCAAGGGACAGAAGGUCGCGGUGGUCUUGUAUGAGAGUGCACAACUAUUCCCCCUCCCCCUCAUUUGUACUAUGGCAUGAACUGCAAUACAAACACCAGCGCGCGUGGAGUCUAUGCGUGACGAAUCUAUGUGCCUAAAAAUAUAGUGCUGUUUGGGCUUCCGGAUGAAUUUGUCAUGCCAACAGUGCCACAAGGCAGCGACUGGAAUUGUGGAUUUCGCAUGAGAAAUGAGAACGACGGGGAGUUUUGCAAUGUCAUAUUUUGUCCGAGAAUAACAAAAAUUCUUUAGUGAAGCCAUCCAAGCCCGGCGGCGUGCAAUUACUGAACAAAAAGGAAUCGGCGAUGAACCAGCUCUCGAAUAACGCAAAGCCGGUCCAGUUAAAGAAGCCGGACCAAGUUGCUGGGCAUCCUCAGAACAAGAUCGUGACCACGCGCAGUAGAACCAAUAACAAUGCCGAGGGUGCAGUUGAAAGUGGUGGCGUCGCGGUGGAUCUAGUGGAAAAUAACAACAACAGCAAGAAGCAGGAGGAGCAACAAAAGCAUUUGAUCUACAUUUCCACGGGGUCGCACGACCGGUGCUACCUGGAGUUUUCCGACGGGGAGCUGUUUUGCCACGGCCCCGAUCAGCUGCAGAAAUUAGUCAAGGAAGCGGCGGCGGGGCACUACAAGACCAACCUGAAGUGCGUCGCCUUCGGGGCCAGCUGGGAGACCUUUGUGGCGGUGUUCGAGGACGGGACCUGGGAGGUCGGGGGGUCGGACCUCCCGAAGCAGUUCAAGGAAAAAAUGUUUGCGCAGGGUCCCGCCGGGCCCGCGUCCCUCGUCCGGGGGCAGCGGACCGUGAAGCACGUUUCGCUCGGACCCAGAAACGAGUGGUUCAUCGAGUUUGUGGACGCCGAGUGCUGGUGGGGCGGCGUCCGCGAGCACCUGCUGGAGCAGUUUCAGGACUACAAAGCCUCGAAGGUGAAGCGGAUCCUGUUCGGGGACAAGGGGAGUUACUGCGUCCGAUAUGAACCCUUUCACGAGAGCGGCAGUGGGUGAGGAAAAUAGUACACUGCUUUUCGGUGGUGAGUAAGAAGUUGCUAGUAUGAGCAAAGCACCAGGAAUUAUCGAGUUGAAGUUCUUGGGGAAACAGCACAAGUUGUCGCCUCCUUUCAAAGCAUGGACUUGCUGAAUCAAUGGAAAAAGUAAAAGGUGUAGUAGGGAGGAGGAUCCAGCAGAUACGGCCCUCGCAUGAUGAUCGAGGGAAAUAAAGAACCGCAAAAGCCCGCGACUUCAACAUGUAGUUGUAAAAGUUUUCAACGUGACUGAGAAGAUUCCACCCUGAUAGUUUUGCUCUCUGCUGGUAGGAUC